GCGGCAGGGUCUGGGAUGUGACCCCGGCUCAAGCUGCGGCAGUAGCGUCGCCGGCUGCAGCUGCGGCAGUGGCUUCGGAGGCUUCGGGGUCUUUGCAGUUUGAGAAAGAGGACCCCGAUCCUCUCCUUCCUCAGGCUUUUUGAGGAAAGGGACUUUGUCAUGUUAACGACCGUUUUCCCAAUACUCAGAAUAGUACCUGGGAGGUGGAAGAGAGUAAAUAUUUGUGGGGUUUUAAGAAGCUGGCCUUGGUGCAGUAAGGAGCUUAGAACAAUGGAGGAACGGAAAGUGAAGAGGAGGAGUCCUAAGUCUUUUAGUGCCCACUCUACUCAGGUGGUUAAUGCCAAAAAAAAUGCCAUUCCAGUUAGUAAAAGCACAGGGUUUUCAAAUCCUGCAUCACAGUCAACUUCACAGCGACCAAAGUUAAAAAGAGUGAUGAAAGAAAAGACCAGACCUCAGGGUGGAGAAGGAAAAGGUGCACAACCAACUCCUAUUCAGCACUCCUUCCUCACCGACGUCUCAGACGUUCAGGAGAUGGAGAGAGGGCUUCUCAGCCUUUUGAAUGAUUUCCACUCUGGAAAACUUCAAGCAUUCGGAAAUGAAUGUUCCAUUGAACAGAUGGAACAUGUUCGGGGAAUGCAGGAGAAAUUAGCUCGCUUGAAUUUGGAGCUCUAUGGGGAGUUAGAGGAACUUCCUGAGGAUAAGAGAAAAACAGCCAGUGACUCCAAUCUGGACAGGCUUCUGUCUGACUUAGAAGAACUGAAUUCUUCCAUUUGUUUUCCAAAGGAUAAUAAACUGGUAUUGUCUUCUCAAAUGAUUUUUUUAAAAUAUCUGGUAAGUUUUCAUAUUUACCUCUUAUUAGUUCUUACCAUGAAAAUAAUUCUUGCCACAUUAAAAUAAUUCUGUGCUCUACUAGAACCUGGAACAUAAUCUUGAUUUAGUGACUAUUUUUAAGUCUUCAGAUUUCAGAUAUAGUAUAAUUUGUAUAUUUUAUAUUGUAAUAUAUAUUAUUAUAUUAUAUUAAUAUAUUAUUUAAUAUAUUUUAUAAUUAUAAUAAUUACAUAUAAUUAUAAUUAUUUAAUUAAUAUAGUAAUAUUUAUUAUUAUCAUAUAUCUCUAAUUUAUAUACUAUAUUUAUAUAACUAUAGUUUAUAUAAGUAUAUAUAUAAGUAGUAUAAACUAUAUAUAUAUACGUAUCUAUAUAAUUUAUAUAGAUACGUGUAUAUAAGUAUAUAUAUAUAUAUAUAUAUAUAACUUCACUAUGCUUAAAAAUUGUCUUGUUACAUUCAGGUUUAAAAAUUGUCUUGCUACAUUCAGGUUUCUCAGCCACAUAGGCACUUGCCCUUUAAAUCAUUUUAAUAACUUUUUCUCGGCUCCUGAGUGUAAUUUCCCAUAAUUUAAAAGAAGUCCUCAUCACAGAAUGAAAAUCUUCUUAACGAUAAACUCAGACAAAAGCUACAUUUGGCUGAUGCACAAGAUGUUCCAAAUACUUCCACCAGCUAAACGACAUGUGGUUGCUUUCUUGUGGCUUGAAGAAGAGCAGCAUUCAUUACUUUUCCAGCUGAAUCCAGUAGCAGAAUCACCUUCCACAAUAAGGAAUAAAGUGAUUAAAGUGCCAGUGCAAUGAUUGUUUUCACUCCUGCUUUUAGUAAAUUUGACUCGCUGCUAUUCAUCAUAACUGGAGCCUCGGCCUUGUUGAAGGCUUAAUCAGGUUGUGCUGCUAUGCUUUCCAUUGUUGCCUUAUGGGGGUUAUACUUGAAAUGCAUUGUGCAGAAUGUUAAUAAUAGGGCUGAAGGUUUCUCCUUCCUGAGCUCACCAAACUUAUUCCCAUGUUGCUUAUAAGUUGAUGAUGCACAGGCUUUUUGUGGCAGCCCCGCUGCAGUUUACGUUAGACAAUCAGUACACACACUGGUGUUUUCCAGUGGCCAGUGACAACAAAAUGUAAAUGAGUAUUUGUGAAAUUUGCUAUUUUUAAUAAAAGUGAUUGUUUUAAA